AAUCAGAAGCAAGUUUAUGACAAUUUAAACAGAACAAAACAGAACAGAACAGAAAUUUUAUUUGGCAUUAAAUAGCAUAUGCACAUUUAUAGCCAUUUAAACACAAUUAUGCUUGCAUGUACAUUUGUCACUUUUCUUUGGAUCUUAGUUACUAGUGCUGUUCACGCUGGAGAAACACUCAGUGAUGAGCAACUUGUUGCUAGCCCGUUUAUUCGACAGCUUAUUGAGCGUUUGAGCGUUCUGGAAUCACGAGACCGGAACCAACAACAACAGAUCGAUAGACUGGAAGCGGAAGUUGACACACAACGGAAAGAGAUACUGCAGCUUCGGACUAGUGUUGAGAACAAAGACAGUCAGAUUCUUGAACUGGUCAGUGGUUCCAAGAAGGAGGACCAAGGAGCAGAGAUACCAUCAGAUCACAAAGAAAAAAGCACGCUGAUAAAAAGGGACAGUGCCGAUGCACUAAGAAUACGAAGAGCUGAAAACGAGGUCACAGUUGCCUUUUUUUCCGGACUAUCAAGUUCAAUCCAACACGCUGGGGAGAACCAAAAUGUUGUAUUUGACAAUGUAGAGACCAACAUUGGGAACGGCUACAAUCCUCAUCAUGGCGUCUUCACUGCUCCGGUGGCAGGGAUUUAUGUUUUUUCCACUUCGAUUUUGACGAAUUCUGGUCGAAAGAUCUGUGUAAUUGUUGUAAAUGGAGUCCGAAAAGCAAGUGUUUACACCCAUGGAGACGGUCACUUUGACCACGGCACACAGACACUUAUUGUCCAUCUGAAGAAAGGCGAUGACGUGGCAAUACAGAUAGUUGAGCAUAUCUACGACAGUACAAUACAUGGGGAGGUGCCACCUUAUACAACUUUCUCCGGGUUUCUUCUUCAACAAGAUUUCUCCAAUCCUGACAGCGUUGUUGGCUAAUUGCUGUUUUGAUAUUUGUCUGUGUGACACAAACAUGAAAUAAAGCUGGAA